UGUGCCACAUGCUACAGGCCAUUGUCUGGAUCUUUUUAUCACGGCUUGGCGAGCCGGUGAAAUCCCUCUCUCUUCUUCACGGACCGAUCUGAUCAGUCGGACUAUUCACUGAUAAACCUGCAGCCACCACACGACAAAUAUACUAAAGGCCUGUCUGCUAAGACCAUCUACUUAAGAUACAUCUUUCAUUAGGGUCCAGGAGUAUUCAGCAGCACCCACUAUGAGCAUGCAACUUGAACUAAAGAAUGUGGAUCUGAGACCUGGAGAUCAACUCAAAAUAAAGGGGACAAUUCUGCAUGAUGCUGAGAGAUUCCAGAUUGACCUCGGCUCUGAUUCAGACGACCUGGCGCUGCACUUUAACCCCCGUUUCCAUGACGACACAGAUGGAGCUGUGCUUGUGUGCAACUCCAAGGCUGCUGGAUGCUGGGGUGAUGAGAAACGGGAAAUACACAACCCUCUACAGAGGGGCUCUGAUGUGAAGAUUGUGUUGAAGCUGGCUGGAGACGUCUUUGAAGUGGAGCUUCCUGAUGGACAUGAAGUCCAGUUUCCCAACCGUGUUGGUGUGGACGUCAUCAACUACAUCAGAGUCAUGGGGGACUUCAAACUGACCUGCUUCAAGAUCUGCUGAGACUCAUGAAUCCUGUGUUGAACAAUUACAGAUGAGACUUUGAGACAAGGCCAGUUAUUGUAAGAAAUGUUCAUCAUUAAAACAUGAGAGCCUGUCUUUAAUUAAAGACUGUUCAAGUUCUGUUGUGCAAAAUAAAAUAAAAUGUCAAUAUUUAAA